AGAUAUUAAAUAUUUUAAAAAUGAAGGGUCUUUUUUGUUUAGGAGUAGGAAUAUUAAUGACCUAAUAAGAAAAUAGUGUUCAUGCUUGGUUAUACAGAGAUGAUAUUGGUGCCUUUUGGGGUAUCAAGGGAUAUGAAGAGUAAGUGACAGAAGUAGGUACACAUAGAGGACAUAUGUCAUGGCCUUAAUAUAGAUUUUUAGGGACAUUCGAUUCAGGUAGUGUUAGAAGAGGGUAUAUAUAUAAUAAUGAUUGUUUAGAUUUCUGGUAUUUUCUAGAAAUUGUGCUAAUUGUCAUGGUAUUGUGUAUAAAAAAUAUGAUGUUUUAUUGGAUAAAGUUUAUAAGCAAUUAGAAUUGGCUGCAUUAGUUAGUAAUUUUACAAUUCAUCCUGCUCAUCAUCACUUUAAGUAAUUUUACUAUUAAGAAUGGGAUGAAAGAGACAGAUAUAUUCACGACAGUAAAUAUAAGAUUAAUGAAUAGGAAUAUAUCCCCCAUAUUUCUCAUAAGAUUAAGCUAAGAAUGCUAAUGGUGGUGUAUGGCCAACAGACUUUUCUAAGAUUAGACUUAGACCUGGAGGCAUUAAUUACAUUUACAAUAUUUUGACUGGAUAUCAUUAUAAACCUUACUAAGGUUUAGAUGUUCCAAAAGGAAAAGCCUAUAAUCCAUAUUUUGAUCAUAUGAUUAUUGGUAUGGUUAGAUAAUUACAUGAUGGUAUUGAUAUCAAUUCAUAUAUAAUAGGACUUGUUGAUUAUGAAGAUGGUACUCCUGCCUCAACUCCUUAAAUGGCAUUUGAUGUUACUAAUUUCAUUUAAUUUGUUUAAAGAAGAAGUGGUUUCUAAAGACCAGAUAAAACUGUUAGAUAUUAUAUGUUUUUAACUGGUGUUGCUUUAAUAUAUCCAUUUGCCUACUUGAAAACCAGAGGAUUUUAUAGAAACAAUCUUUCUCUCAGGUAUCAUGUCAUUCUUAUUAUUCAAAGAUGGGAAAUGUAUGCAGUUAGAGAUGGUGUCUAUUAUAAUCACUUCAAAAAAGGAUGGAAGAAUUCCAGAGCUAUACAAUUUAGAGGUCAAGUCUGGGCUUGAUUUAUAUUCAUUAUUCAAAAAUAAUAUAAAUAUUAU